UUCUGGUUUUAUUUACUCGAGAGUAGUGAGAUGACUUUUGUCACAUGACACACCAUACUUCCGUUUCCGUUACAAUCUUUUUUGACUCUGGGGGAAAAUAACGAUAACGUGUUUUUCUGUUUUCGCGGAGGUUUGGUGUGAGUAAAUAUAUUUUUCACACUAAAUAUCGAUUUGUAAAGCAUUGCAGAUUAAUGGAUGACAUUGGCACAAAACAACUUUUUUAAGUUUGGAUACAUCUGGAAUAUUGAUAAUUUUUUUAAAGACUAGAGGAAAAUAUAGAGAACAGAUAUAAUAACCCAACUGCAAUAAAUCUAGACUGGAAUUACUGUGAAAUAUUUGCUCUGAGCGAAGAUUCAUAGCACCAUUUCUGCAUCUCAUUAUCUGCUGCUUUUGCAUUCUAAUUAAACUUGAAUAUCUUUGCAAAGGAGUUUGCAGAAUUUUAGAUAUUGAUAAAGUCACAGUUGAUAGCAGUUGAAAUAUUUCUGGGGAAUAAAUUAUAACAAUAACAAGAAGAAGGAAAUUAUAUGCUGUGGUGAGAGACGAAGGAUAAGGGAAAAAUUUAAUAUUGUGAAAAACUUCAAUGGUUGGAUGCAUUUGUAUCCCUUAGAGAAAUGUCAAAAAUAUUAGGAAAAUCACAACAUUGUUGUGAAAUUUGUGGUAAAUCAUUCCCCGCAAGUAGUGACUUGGUUAAACACAUUCGUUUUCAUACAGGUGAGAAGCCAUUUCACUGUGAUACCUGUGGUAAAUCCUUCUCUCAAAACUGUAGCUUAAGUAAACAUAUACGUAUUCAUACAGGAGAAAAGCCAUUUCACUGUGACACCUGUGGUAGAUCAUUCUCUCAAAAGGGUGACUUAACUAAACACAUACGUAUUCACACAGGAGAGAGACCAUAUCAUUGUGAUGUCUGUGGCAAAUCAUUCUCUGCACACAGUACCUUAGUUAUACACAAAAAUAUUCAUUCAGCGGAAAAGCCAUAUAAUUGUGAUAUCUGUGGUAAGUCAUUCUCUCUCAGGAACAGCUUAAUUAGUCACAUACGUAUUCAUACAGGAGAGAAACCAUAUCACUGUGAUAUCUGCGGGAAGGCAUUCACUGAGGAUAGUCACUUAAGGAGACACAGACGUAUUCACACGGGAGAGAGACCGUAUCACUGUGAUUUCUGUGGUAAAUCAUUCUCUGGAAUUACUGACUUGACUACACACAAACGUAUUCAUACAAAGGAGAGACCAUAUACUUGUGAUAUCUGUGAUAAAUCAUUCUCUGACAACUCGAACUUAACUCGACACAAACGUAUUCAUACAGGGGAGAGACCAUAUCCCUGUGACAUCUGUGGUAAAACAUUCUCUCGGAGAGGUAACUUAACUACACAUGCAUCUGUCCAUGUAAAAGUGUGAUUGUAUCAUUGUAAAAGUUCAUUAGACCACCCAACAACAACCAGUAUUUGCCAACAUGGUGAACUAUUCUGCAGGCAAUGUUGCAGUUGUAAGAGAUGAAGAUGAAUCUAAUCCCACUACUAGCCAGCAAAGCAACGACCGACUCUGCCAGACAGGAAUGUCAGUCAAGUGUUGCUGGAAUGAAGCGUAAAGAGAUGCUCCACUGUGUUUCUCAAAGUCUGAACACAAACAACAACCAUAAGGAAAACAACAACAAGAACAAGUACAGCAAUAACAACAAAAGUGUUUUCUUAUGUUUACAUACAUACAUCAAUACAUAUGCAUACAUCUUUUUGGUAUGUACAUGUGUGUGUGUGUGUGUGAGAGAGUGAGUGAGUGUACAUGUGUCUUCUCAUGUAUGUGUAAGUGGCACUCUCUCUCUCGCACACACACACACGUCCAUUUCAUAUACAUGUUCAUACAUUUUUCACUCUCCUCUCUUUCACCUUAAAACAAAAUUAAAUAAAAAAAAAAUUUACAGAAAUUAAUGAACAAACAGCUGAUCCCGUUGACAUUUCUUUGACAACUUUGAGAGUUAUAACGAAACAUAGCCACUGCUUAUUAUCUAUCUCCCAAAUGAACUGUUUUUCACUCAGCGACUCUUUUUUUACAACUGAAAUAACCUCAGUAACUACGUGGGGCACACAGUUUUGCGGUCAUUUAUGGACAAUAUUUCAAUUUGCUUCUAAUGUUUCAUUUUUGUCCAUUGUUUCAUGCAUGCGUAGAAUUCUACCUGGACAAACAUUUAUGAAAACACACACAUAAAUAUUGUAAUAAAAUAAGCCACAAUAAAAAAAAUUGCAUUAAAAAAA